AUGACUUUCUCUAUUGCUAAGGGCUGGAGCGAAGGGGAAAUGAAGAUGCAAAAGCUCCUCCACGUCCCUGACUUAGACAACCCAACCUCAUCUACGCUUACCCCUCAAGCGUUAUCUACACUUCAACGCGCGCCCCUUCUUGCGAUCGGAAUGCUGGACGACCAAAACCGACCUUGGACUGCGCUUUGGGGUGGAGCCCCCGGGUUUUCAGAGCACAUUGGAGGCGACUUUCUCGGAAUAAGAACAUUUGUUGAUGGCAUGUAUGAUCCUGUUGUGCAGUCAAUCAUCACUGAUCCUCUGAGUAAGACAGUGGAACUCGAGGAUCAGAGGAAGAUGUUCUCUGCUUUGGCAAUCAACCUGAUCGCGCGGAAGAGAGUCAAACUUGGAGGAAAAUUAGUACAUGCGACGGUGAGGGAGAUCGAAACAAGGGGAGAUGUUGAGAAACCGCCUGUUUAUGCGCCAAAGACACAACAACUCAUAAAUCUGGUCACGAAGAUUGAAGAGAGCCUAGGAAACUGUCCAAAGUACCUCAAUCAGUACGACCUCCGACCUGCGAUGACAACACCAAGUCUCAAAUCCCAAGGACCCAACCUCACCACCGAGGGCAGAAACCUUAUUGAGAAAGCUGACAUGUUCUUUCUCUCAACUGCCACCAACAUUGACAUGGAUACAAACCACCGUGGUGGACCACCAGGCUUUGUCCGCAUUAUUUCGCCUACGACCAUUGUGUUUCCAGAAUACUCUGGCAACCGAUACUACCAGUCUCUGGGAAAUGCGUACACUAAUCCACUCAUCGGCGUCACAUUCCCUCAAUAUGAGACAGGUGAUGUCCUGUACAUGACUGGGACUGUUGAGAUACUUGUUGGCGCAGACGCAGCACAUGUUGUACCUGGCACCAACCUCGCUGUCAAAAUCGAAUUGACCGACACGUUUUUUGUAGCUCAAGGUCUCUCGUUCAGAGGAAACAAGAGGCCUGACGGAGAAAGUCCUUAUAACCCACUUCUGCGCACUCUUGCGGUUGAAGGCAAUAUCAGGUCUACUUUUCCCUCGGCUACGUCACCCCAGACCGCAAAGCUCGUCAAGAAAACCAUCCUCACCCCCACAAUCGCGCGUCUCACAUUCAGCGUCACUGACGGUCUCUCUUACAAACCGGGUCAAUGGAUUGCCUUAUCCUUAUACGAGCAGCUGAAUACCGGGUACCGACACAUGAAUAACUCUGACCCACAAAGUCUCAACGACGACUUUGUCCGUACCUUCACCAUCUCCUCUACUCCAUCUUCCGUCUCUACCACGGAAGACAGCGAGAGAAGAUUGGACAAAGAAUUCGAAAUUACAAUUCGCUCUCUUGGCACUGCGACAGCAUUUCUUUACCAGCAAAAUCCAGGAACAGGGCUGACACUGCCGAUCCUUGGCGUCGGAGGCGAUUUCACUAUCGAUCAAGGCGGCGGCGAUAUCAAGAGCGAGAGUGACAACAGCAUUGAAGUAGUCCCCUUCAUAGCAGCAGGUAUUGGUAUAACGCCGGUCCUGGGCCAGACCCCGCAUCUUGAUCUCCAACCCGAUAAGUUCAAACUCCUCUGGACUAUCCGAGUUGCAGAUAUCAACUUGGUAGUUGAUACGUUAAGACACUAUGACGGGUUAGCGGCUGUAACAACCGUUUUUCUUACUGGGAGUCUUGAAGGAGAGGUGCAGGAUGUAAUCGAUGGAAUUGCGCAGCUUGGAGCUAGUGUCAAGACCAGGAGAUUAGAACAGUCCGACACAGAGACAGUAGGAGCAAAGAAAUGGUAUCUUUGUGCAGGCAAAGACCUACAGCAACAGAUAGAGGGCUGGUUAACUGGUAAAGUUAUAGUAACAGAGGAUUUUACGUUCUAG